CAUAGAUGUUCAUUAAUAUCAGUAAUUUCUUACCAAAGCUGGAAACUUUAUGCUCUAAUCUGUCUCCCUCUCGCUCUUCCCCUGUCUCUCUCGUUUCGGAAACCCUAAAUCUGACGGAGCAUUUCGAUCUCCAAGUCCCAAUCUUUCAGUUCAGAUACUAUGGAAGGGAACUUCGGAAGCUACACUGACAAGACUCGAGUGUUGGAUAUCAAACCGUUGCGCACUCUAAGACCUGUCUUCCCAAGUGGGAACCAAGCUCCUCCUUUUGUCUGUGCACCUCCUUUCGGUCCUUUCCCUCCUGGCUUCUCUCCUUUCUAUCCCUUUAGCUCCUCUCAACACACUCCAGAUCUCAACCAAGCUCAGAAUCCACCUCAGCAUCAUAACAACAACUCAGAGCCUUCGUUGGUUACUCCUCUGAGGACAUUCAGGUCUCCUAACGGCGACGUGGAGCCUUCAACUGUGAAGAGAAAGAUCACUAAAAAGCGUACUCCUCUCGUUUGUCCUGAGAAUUUCUCGAGUGGGAUCAGCGUGGUUGAUAGAGAGAAUGGGAACAGGAAGCUGGUGACGAGUGUGGUCAUGCGGUUUGACGCGUUGAGAAGAAGGUUUUCGCAGCUGGAAGAUGCUAAGGAAGCGGCCAGCGGGUCUAUCAAACGCGGCGAUUUGAAAGCAGGAUCCACUUGUAUGAGCAGAGGUGUCAGGACCAACACCAAGAAGAGGCCUGGUGUUGUUCCUGGCGUUGAGAUUGGUGACGUGUUCUUCUUCAGGUUUGAGAUGUGUUUGGUUGGGUUGCAUUCUCCCUCGAUGGCUGGGAUUGACUAUCUCCUCGUCAAGGGAGGGGGUGAAACAGGAGAGGAGCCUAUCGCCACUAGCAUUGUUUCCUCUGGUUACUACGAUAAUGAUGAAGGUAAUCCUGAUGUUUUGGUUUAUACCGGUCAAGGCGGUGGUAAUGCUGACAAAGAGAAGCAGACCUCUGACCAGAAGCUAGAGAGAGGUAAUCUCGCGUUGGAGAAGAGUUUGCUUAGGAACAGUCCGGUGAGGGUUAUAAGAGGGUUGAAAGAGGCUUCUCAGAGUGCUAAGAUCUAUGUUUACGAUGGGCUCUAUGAGAUCAAAGAGUCAUGGGUGGAGAAAGGGAAGUUAGGACACAACACUUUCAAGUAUAAGCUAGUGAGAGCUCCUGGUCAGCCUCCUGCGUUUGCUUCGUGGAUUGCUAUACAGAAGUGGAAAGCAGGUUUGCCUUCGAGAGAAGGGCUUAUCCUCCCUGAUCUCACUUCAGGUGUUGAAAGCAUAGGCGUCUCGCUUGUGAAUGAAGUUGAUGCAGAGAAUGGCCCUCCUUAUUUCACCUACUCAACAACUGUGAACUACUCAGAGUCGUUUAAGCUGAGUCAGCCUUCUGUUGGAUGCCAUUGUAGCAAUGCCUGCAAGCCAGGGAACUUGGACUGUCACUGCAUAAGGAAAAACGGAGGUGACUUCCCUUACUGCGGUAAUGGAGUGCUAGUUAGCCGCAAGGGUAUGGUACAUGAGUGCAGCCCAUCCUGUCCCUGCUCGGCUUGCAAAAACAAGGUGACUCAAAUGGGAGUUAAAGUGAAGCUUGAAGUUUUCAAGACGGUGAAUAGAGGAUGGGGCUUGCGGUCAUGGGAUCCCAUUCGUGCCGGCUCGUUUAUAUGCAUUUAUGCAGGUGAGGCCAAGGACAAGUCGAAGGUGCAGCAAACGAUGGGUGAUGACGAUUAUACCUUUGAUACAACACGUGUCUAUACCCCUUUUAAAUGGAACUAUGAGCUUGGCUUAGCAGACGAAGAUGGUUCCGAGGAGAUGUCUGAAGAACCUGAACUCCCGCUGCCUCUUGUAAUCAGUGCUAAGAAUGCUGGGAACGUUGCCCGGUUCAUGAACCACAGUUGCUCCCCUAAUGUUUUCUGGCAACCGGUUAGUUAUGAACACAACGGUCAGCUCUACUUGCAUGUAGCCUUCUUUGCCAUGUCACACAUCCCUCCCAUGACUGAGUUAACUUAUGACUAUGGUGUUACUCGACCAAGUGGAACUCAAAAUGGCAAUACUUUGUAUGGUAAAAAGAAGUGCUUUUGCGGAUCAGAGUUUUGCCGUGGCUCAUUUGGUUGACAAUGGCUAGAAAAGCUACCUCUAGUGAACAACUGGAGCCAGAUGAUUAUGAAUGGAACAGGGAUCUAUUGAAUGAUGACUCCUUUGAUCUUUCUCUUCAACAGGCAUAAGACCUUUGUCUAUUUCUCAGAUUGUGGAAGAUGUUCUCUCAUGUUUUGUCUCCUGUUGGAUAUGUAAUGUAAUCUUAAUAGUACUCGGAUCGUUUUUAGGACAAACCUGCAUCUUGUUUUCUUUUUUAUGUAUUUAAGUUUGUAGCUAAACUCAACUUUUGUAAGGCGCUGAACUAGGAACUGAUUUAAACAAAAUCAAAUUUUUCGAUG